GGGGCCGGCAUGGUGUUCGGUUUUGUGGGAUUAGAAAGUUGACAACCCUAGUGGUGGGGCUUUGCGCCAGGCCCUGAGCUACUUCUCUCCCUGAAAUCCAGAGGGGGUGAGAGGCUUAGAACAGGAGUUAGGGGGAAGCCCCAGCCCCCCCUUUUCUGUGCAUGCAGGUGGCAUGCUGAGAGGUUGGUGGGAGAGAGCCCUGUGACUCAGCGGGGCCAGCAAAGCAAAAGCAAAAGUAAAAGUAGGAGUCUGCAACUACAACACUCCAGCAGAGGAGCACCAGUGCCCCUCCAACCAAUGGCACCCAGGUGCCCCCCAAUAUCCCAAAUCCCAGGCUCAGUCUGCCCCGAGCCCUGGCCUGGCUUCCCAUCAGGUCCCAUCUCUGCCCUGACUUCCGCCCCCUCACCCUGCCUUAGGGCCUGAUCAAGAUGGCAGAGAAGCCCAAGCGCCCGCAUCUGGGAUUGGCCCAGUACCCCCUGCUGCUCACACUGGAGCCCGAGGGGCAUGGCCUGGGUGGGCAGGUCCUGGAGUUGGCUGGUCCAGAGGAGGUCCACGUCCACCAGAAAGACGGCAUCCUGAUCUGCGACAGCUUCCUGCUGGGGCAGUGUCUGGAGCGGGAGCGCUGCCCGCGCCACCACACCCCCAACCCUUUCCACUGGCAGAUGCGGCGCCAGGCAGAUGGGGUGUGGCUGAGCAUUGGCACGUCGGCCCAGCAGCACCUGGAGAACCUCUACUGCAGCACCAGCCACCACAGCGUGAAGCUCGUGGACAAGGCCGGCUUAUCCUGGACCCUCAACCUGAACUCCAUGGACCUGAAGCCCACCCAGCUUUAUGACCGUGUCCGGCGCCUCUCCAACAGCGGCGACCCCAGCCGCAGCCCCUACUUCCCUGCAGAGUGGCAGGUGUACUGGGAGGAGUGGGGCGAGUGUCUCAUAUAUGAGGAGCCGGUGCGGUGGGAGCUGCUGGCGGCCUUCGAGAAGGGCAUGUGGAACCACGCCUUUGAGCUGCGUGGCCGGCUGUACAAUGUGGACCUGAAGAAAAUGACCCAGCGCAAUGUGCGUACGGGCUUCACCAGGCGCAUCCUGCACCGCCCAAUCUUCCGCCCACCCUGGCGCCUGGCGCCCCACCUGCGGACAGGCCCAGGCGCCACCCUCUCUUCCCCCAGCGCCAUCCCUGGGGAGGACCCCCAGGGCACCUACUGGGGCCCAUACCCUGCGUCCUGGGUCCCCAAGGCCCCAGUGGGCACCAUGUACACGCUGGCAGAAGUGGCACCAGCAGAGAGGGCCUAUGAGACCACAUGCACGCUGUUCCACAAAACUCUGGCAGAGGACAAGGCUUUGGUGCUGGCCGUCUACCGGGUCCGGAAUGACUACCUGUGGCAGAAAUACUGUGGCCAGAAGAAGUUCAUGGCCCAGAUCCGUCCCUGUGCGUCACGGCGCUUCCUGGAGAGACACCUCUUUCACGGUACCAUGGCCAGCAAAGUGCAGCCUAUCUGCGAGAUGAACUUUGACCCCCGGUUGUCAGGGGAGAACGGCGAGGCUUACGGGCAGGGCAGCUACUUCGCCACCGACGCCUCCUACUCCCACACUUACGCCAAGCUGGGCGAGGCCAGCCUGUGCCACAUGUUCCUGGCCAAGGUGCUGGUGGGGCGCUCGGCGCGGGGCAAGCCCAGGUUCCGGCGCCCCCCACCAGCACACGACGGCCGCCUCUACGACUCCUGCACGGACUGCGCCAAGAAGCCACAGAUCUUUGUCAUCUUUGACAGCUGCCAGUGCUACCCCUACUUCCUGAUCCGUUACAAGCUGCUCUCCGAGCCCGUGGCCAUGGACUCGUGAUGGGGAGUUCUGGGGGUCAGAGGUCAGCUUGACAACUUUGUACUUCAAAAAUAAGGGACGGUUUUCUUAGCCCCACCCUCCCUCCUGAGAUCAUUAUUAUUAACAACAAUACUAAGAAGGACUCACCUACAUUCACCAGGGGGAUUUCUGCUGCUUUUAGCCGCACUCAGUGACUCCCAGUCUUGCUGUACAGAGAUGGAAAAAAUAAGGGAUGGCCCUUCUGAUAAGGGAUUGUCGGCAACCCUAGUCACAGGUGAAGAGGGCAGCUUGCUCCCAGGGGGUGAGAGUGUGUGGAAGACCCUGAGUCCCUCACCCCACCCUUGGCACUGACUGGAAUAGAGCUUGGUGCUGCCACCCUGGGCCCUGGCACCCCAGGUUGGAGGGAGGAGUCAGGGCCGUGUGGGGUCAAUCGCAUUGUCCUUCCGCUCUCAGCGGGCAAUUGGCGCCAUGGGCCUGACACAGACCUGCCAUCAGAUCCUGCUGCCCAGAAUGGCUCGGCCUGCUCCCCCGGCACCAGGGAUGGGGAGAAAGUCACUGAGGAGCCAUUGUCCAGGGUCACUCCUGACCUGCACCCACCCCCCCAGGCCCUGCAAACUCCCCGACUCCAUGUGCCUCAUGGCCAUGGGCACCGGGGUGCUUGCGAGCCUUCCCUCUGGAGAAACAUGGGGUUUUACCCCAAGAUUUAUCCCAGCAGUGCACUGCCCACAGUCUGGGAGAGGGGGGUUGUGUGAUGCUGGGGGGGGGAUCCGUCACAGACUCCAGUCAUCAGCCUCCCAUUGCCCCCUGUCACUGCUGGGCUGAGGAGGUCCAAUCCAUGGGCUGGUGUCAGGCUGGUAUCUCCUGUGAAGCUGGCCCAGCUCCCACCCUCUCAGCCAGCUCCCCCCACAGCCCUGCCUUCGCCAGAUUCCUGGUGGGAAGUAAGCACCGCUGCGGCCACAUCUCUGGGGUCCUCUGCCGUCAGGGGGAUGGGCCUAGGUCCAAGUCGUCCCUCUACCCCCAGGCCCAGGCAGCUGGGGUGUUGCUGCUUCCUGCCUAAGCCCUGCAGCAAAGUCCCCUCUCCCGCCCCCCCCAUCCCCACAGCCCAGAUCAUUCCCUGCCCUCUGAGCGACAGGUGCUUGCCCCCCUGGUCCUGGUGUGUCGAGAGAAGGGGUUUGGGCUGCAUCACUGAGGUCAGGAGGGGCAGCACGGCUGGGGGAUCCCCUUUCCCAGCACUGCCUCCGUUUCCUGAGCAUCAGUCAGGGAGGUUGCCACAGGGAUGCAGGGGGCCCUGGGUGAGGGCGAUGGAGGGCCCGGAGGAGGAAGCAGGGAGCUGUGGGUUUGACACCAGCUGCCCCAGGUGGUGGGGCUGGAGCUGCCGGGGUCUGGGGCCUGGCUCGCUCACAGAGAGACUUCCCACAGCCCCCAAACCACCCUGCAAUUGGCGCUAACCAGGCUCCCACCCCCAGCUGGCAGCCUUGUUGGGGGGCAAACAACCCCAGAGACUGAGCCCUGCGGGGUGGCAGGGACCCUCAGGUGUCAGCUCUGCCCCCUUGUUACCAGCUUUGCCCGUUACUUUGGGGUAUGCUCAUUUAUUAGGGUUACUCUUCAGGCAGGGGGGAGGUUUAUACUUCUAUCAAUGUACUGCUUGUGUCACUUGUGUUCUCAUACGGAGCUCUACUUCUCCCUGCUGCAAGUCCCUCCCAAUGGAGCUACCCCGCAGGACCUAGGUUCCCCAGGGCUGGGUUCCUCCAGCCCCAGAAUCAGACAAACACACACACACACAUUAAGAGAGAACAUCUGAGAGGACCGGGUUAAUCAGCACUCCCAAGCUGACCCCUUAUAUGUCCCUGGGCUCAGUGGGCUGGGUCAAGCAGUAUUUCCAAGCUGUCACCCUCAUAUGGCCUUGGACUCAGCAGGCUGGGUUAAACAGCACCUCCAGGCUGCCACCCUCCUAGUCCAUGGGCACCGCACUGGAUCAGAGUGCGCCUGAGCAGAUGGGGUCAAGCAGCACUUUCCAUCUGCCACCCUCAUAUGCCCCGGGUUCAGCACGUCUCUAGCCCCACUUUCAUGUUACACUUGUUCUGGUGGUAACCCACUUGAUGAGCAAACCCCACAGGAUUUUUGGGCGCUGCAGGGAUCUUUUAGCUUAGGUACGAGGAGCGUUGCUGCAGAGCAAAUGAGGAAACCAAAAAACACUCACGAGUUGCGGGGAGAGAGAGAGAGAAGCAACCAGCUUCAUCAUGAAAUUUAUUUCUUGCCAGGUAGUAACCAUAGAGGAGCCAAACAAACAAAGCAGUUAUAAUAUUAAAUCUAAAUUACAUUUAAUUAUAAAAGUCAGGUUUACAAACCUAUAACUGAUCACAGGGUCAGAAGGCUAUACCGAGAGAGAGAGAGCUGGGUUCUCACCACUCCGUGACGUUCGAACCAGUCGGGGUUCCCAGGUGGUGGUGGUAGCUGAAGGUCCAGAGUGCUGGAGACAGGCAGAGCCCCCAGCACGAUCAGUCAGGAGAAGAUGAAGCCCCAGUGGAACUGAUGCAGAUUUUGGAUCCAGGCAUCAGAGCACUUACUUGAGCAUGGGUAGGGUUUUUUGUAGAGAAACAACAACGGUUCAAGGGAGAACACUAGAUUUGUUUGUAUGUAAACAAGGGAGUAUACCAGAGUUGUUUUGUUGAAGCUAGACAAUGGGAGCUGAUCACUCCUGGCUAUGGGCUGUGUUCCUUGGAGGGAGCUCCCAAUACAAUUAGGGAGCUUCACUGUUUUGGAUACCAAUAAAGGAUUUAUUA